ACUCAAACCUUCACCACCUACUCCGACAACCAGCCCGGAGUGCUCAUUCAAGUGUUCGAGGGUGAGCGCGCGAUGACCAGAGACAACAACAUCCUGGGCAAGUUCGAGCUCACCGGCAUUCCGCCCGCGCCGCGCGGCGUUCCUCAGAUCGAGGUUACCUUCGACAUCGACGCCAACGGUAUCUUGAACGUGUCCGCCGUCGAGAAGUCGACCAACAAGGAGAACAAGAUCACCAUCACCAACGACAAGGGCCGUCUGUCGAAGGAGGAGAUUGAACGCAUGGUCAAUGAGGCCGAGAAGUACAGGAACGAGGACGAGAAGCAGAAGGAAACUAUCCAGGUGAAGAACGCGCUCGAGUCAUACUGCUUCAACAUGAAGUCCACCAUGGAGGACGAGAAGCUGAAGGACAAGAUCUCGGACUCUGAGAAGCAAACGAUCCUCGACAAGUGCAACGAAACUAUCAAAUGGUUGGACUCUAACCAGCUGGCCGACAAGGAGGAAUACGAGCACAAGCAGAAGGAGCUGGAGGGCGUGUGCAACCCGAUAAUCACGAAGCUGUACCAGGGCGCGGGCGGCGCGCCGGGCGGUAUGCCCGGCGGCAUGCCCGGCUUCCCCGGCGGCGCGCCCGGCGCGGCUGGCGCGGCUCCCGGCGGCGGUGCCGGCCCCACCAUCGAGGAGGUUGACUAAACAUUCCACUUUCACAACUAAGAUCCUUUCCGAUAAAGUGUACCUUCUGAUUCAAAAUAAAUGAAUGUAACUUA